AGAUACGGCCGUUCAAAGUUUCUGUCUCGGUGGCCGCUAACUCCGGCCCCCUGGGGUGCACCGGCCCUGGGGUGGCGGCGUCUGAUAGGGGGCCACGGGGCCUAUCACCCACCCGAGUUUGAAGUCCCUGGGUCUCUGCCUCGGCGAGAUACGGCCGGUCAAAUUUUCGAACUUUGGGGGGCGCUAUCCCCGGCCCCCGGGGGGCUAUCGGCUCGGGGGCGGCGGCGUCCGAGAGGGGCCGACGGCCUCCAUCAACGACCCGAGUUUCAAGACCCUAGGCCUCGGCGUUCCGGCGCGGGCCCCGGUCGAACUUCCAACCCCCCCCUCGCCGGCGGCCUUGCCCAGGACGGUGCGCCAUUCCCGGGUAGAGUUCCGAUUUCGGCCGCGGCGCGGUUUCUCGCCGAUAUCUCCGCGAUGCGGGGGUCCCCGGGGCUGAAACUCGGGGGUCAGGUAGAGGGCCUCGGGGCCUACCGGACGCCACCGCCCCCGAGUCCCGGGGCGGUCCGGUGCCUGAGUUACGAGGGCACAAAUCCUGAAGUUUGGGGGGCCGUAUCUCGGCCUCCCCGGGGGUUGGGGACCUGGGGCCGGCGGCGUCCGGUAGGGGGCCUCUGGCUCUAUCAGCGACCCGAGUUUGAAGUCCCUGGGGCUCGGCCUCGGCGAGAUACGGCCGGUCAAAUCUUCGACCUUAGGGGGGCGCUAUCCCCGGCCCCCGGGGGGCCAUCGGCCCGCGGGUGGCGGCGUCUGAUAGGGGGCCUCAGGGUCUACCGCGGUCCCGAGUUUGAAGUCCCUGGGUCUCGGCCUCGGCGAGAUACGGCCGUUCAAAAUUUCGAACUUUGGGGGGCGCUAUCCCCGGCCCCCGGGGGGCUGUCGGCUCGGGGGUGGCGGCGUCCGAGAGGGGCCGACGGGCCCUAUCAACGACCCGAGUUUCAAGUCCCUAGGCCCCGGCGUUCCCGAGCGGGCCCCGGUCGAACAUCCAACCACCCCCUCUCCGGCGGCCUUGCCCAGGAUGGUGCACCUUUCCCGGGUAGAGCUCCGAUUUCGCCCGCGACCCCGGAGGUCGGCCCGAUAGAGGAAGCCGUUUUUACCCGCCAUCGGGGUGAUGACAAAUGCGCUUCGCAGGCUGAGCUCCAGGGGCUUUUUCGAGCGACCCAGGCCCAGCGUGGCCUCCCCCUCCUGGGCAUGAGAGUGAGUUGGCGCCCCCUAGUCUGGUUCUCUGUAAAUUUGAAGGUUGAGCUCCAGGGGCUUUUUCGAUCGACCGAGGCCCAGCGUGGCCUCACCGUCCUGGGCAUGGGGGUGAGAUGGCGCCCCCUACUCCGGUUCGCAUUAACCGUGGAGGCUGAGCUCCAGGGGCUUUUUCGAGCGACCCAGGCCCAACGAGGCCUCACCCUCUCGGGCAUGGGGGUGAGAUGGCGCCCCCUACUCCGGUUCUCAUUAACCGUGGAGGCUGAGCUCCAGGGGCUUUUUCGAGCGACCCAGGCCCAACGAGGCCUCACCCUCUCGGGCAUGGGGGUGAGAUGGCGCCCCCUACUCCGGUUCUCAUUAACCGUGGAGGCUGAGCUCUAGGGGCUUUUUCGAGCGACCCAGGCCCAGCGAGGCCUCACCGUCUUGGGCAUGAGAGUGAGAUGGCUCCCCCUAGUCUGGUUCUCUGUAAAUUUGAAGGUUGAGCUCCAGGGGCUUUUUCGGUCGACCGAGGCCCAGCGUGGCCUCACCGUCCUGGGCAUGAGAGUGAGAUGGCUCCCCCUUGUCUGGUUCUCUGUAAAUUUGAAGGUUGAGCUCCAGGGGCUUUUUUCGGUCGACCGAGGCCCAGCGUGGCCUCACCGUCCUGGGCAUGAGAGUGAGAUGGCGCCCCCUACUCCGGUUCUCAUUAACCGUGGAGGCUGAGCUCCAGGGGCAUUUUCGAGCGACCCAGGCCCAACGAGGCCUCACCCUCUCGGGCAUGGGGGUGAGAUGGCGCCCCCUACUCCGGUUCUCAUUAACCGUGGAGCCUGAGCUCCAGGGGCUUUUUCGAUCGACCGAGGCCCAGCGUGGCCUCACCCUCUCGGGCAUGGGGGUGAGAUGGCGCCCCCUACUCCGGUUCUCAUUAACCGUGGAGCCUGAGCUCCAGGGGCUUUUUCGAGCGACCCAGGCCCAGCGAGGCCUCACCGUCUUGGGCAUGAGAGUGAGACGGCUCCCCCUAGUCUGGUUCUCUGUAAAUUUGAAGGUUGAGCUCCAGGGGCUUUUUCGAGCGGCCCAGGCCCAACGAGGCCUCACCGUCUUGGGCAUGAGAGUGAGAUGGCUGCCCCUAGUCUGGUUCUCUGUAAAUUUGAAGGUUGAGCUCCAGGGGCUUUUUCGGUCGACUGAGGCCCAGCGUGGCCUCACCGUCCUGGGCAUGAGAGUGAGAUGGCGCCCCCUACUCCGGUUCGCAUUAACCGUGGAGGCUGAGCUCCAGGGGCAUUUUCGAGCGACCCAGGCCCAACGAGGCCUCACCCUCUCGGGCAUGGGGGUGAGAUGGCGCCCCCUACUCCGGUUCUCAUUAACCGUGGAGGCUGAGCUCCAGGGGCUUUUUCGAUCGACCGAGGCCCAGCGUGGCCUCACCGUCCUGGGCAUGGGGGUGAGAUGGCGCCCCCUACUCCGGUUCUCAUUAACCGUGGAGGCAGAGCUCCAGGGGCUUUUUCGAGCGGCCCAGGCCCAACGAGGCCUCACCCUCUCGGGCAUGAGAGUGAGAUGGCUCCCCCUAGUCUGGUUCUCUGUAAAUUUGAAGGUUGAGCUCCAGGGGCUUUUUCGGUCGACCGAGGCCCAGCGUGGCCUCACCGUCCUGGGCAUGAGAGUGAGAUGGCUCCCCCUUGUCUGGUUCUCUGUAAAUUUGAAGGUUGAGCUCCAGGGGCUUUUUUCGGUCGACCGAGGCCCAGCGUGGCCUCACCGUCCUGGGCAUGAGAGUGAGAUGGCGCCCCCUACUCCGGUUCUCAUUAACCGUGGAGGCUGAGCUCCAGGGGCAUUUUCGAGCGACCCAGGCCCAACGAGGCCUCACCCUCUCGGGCAUGGGGGUGAGAUGGCGCCCCCUACUCCGGUUCUCAUUAACCGUGGAGCCUGAGCUCCAGGGGCUUUUUCGAUCGACCGAGGCCCAGCGUGGCCUCACCCUCUCGGGCAUGGGGGUGAGAUGGCGCCCCCUACUCCGGUUCUCAUUAACCGUGGAGCCUGAGCUCCAGGGGCUUUUUCGAGCGACCCAGGCCCAGCGAGGCCUCACCGUCUUGGGCAUGAGAGUGAGACGGCUCCCCCUAGUCUGGUUCUCUGUAAAUUUGAAGGUUGAGCUCCAGGGGCUUUUUUCGGUCGACCGAGGCCCAGCGUGGCCUCACCCUCUCGGGCAUGGGGGUGAGAUGGCGCCCCCUACUCCGGUUCUCAUUAACCGUGGAGGCUGAGCUCCAGGGGCUUUUUCGAGCGACCCAGGCCCAACGAGGCCUCACCCUCUCGGGCAUGGGGGUGAGAUGGCGCCCCCUACUCCGGUUCUCAUUAACCGUGGAGGCUGAGCUCCAGGGGCUUUUUCGAGCGACCCAGGCCCAACGAGGCCUCACCCUCUCGGGCAUGGGGGUGAGAUGGCGCCCCCUACUCCGGUUCUCAUUAACCGUGGAGGCUGAGCUCCAGGGGCUUUUUCGAGCGACCCAGGCCCAGCGAGGCCUCACCGUCUUGGGCAUGAGAGUGAGACGGCUCCCCCUAGUCUGGUUCUCUGUAAAUUUGAAGGUUGAGCUCCAGGGGCUUUUUUCGGUCGACCGAGGCCCAGCGUGGCCUCACCGUCCUGGGCAUGAGAGUGAGAUGGCGCCCCCUACUCCGGUUCUCAUUAACCGUGGAGGCUGAGCUCCAGGGGCUUUUUCGAGCAACCCAGGCCCAACGAGGCCUCACCCUCUCGGGCAUGGGGGUGAGAUGGCGCCCCCUACUCCGGUUCUCAUUAACCGUGGAGGCUGAGCUCCAUGGGCUUUUUCGAGCGACCCAGGCCCAACGAGGCCUCACCGUCUUGGGCAUGAGAGUGAGAUGGCGCCCCCUACUCCGGUUCUCAUUAACCGUGAAGGCUGAGCUCCAGGGGCUUUUUCGAGCGACCCAGGCCCAACGAGGCCUCACCGUCUCGGGCAUGAGAGUGAGACGGCUCCCCCUAGUCUGGUUCUCUGUAAAUUUGAAGGUAGAGCUCCAGGGGCAUUUUCGAGAGACCCAGGCCCAACGAGGCCUCACCCUCUCGGGCAUGAGAGUGAGACGGCUCCCCCUAGUCUGGUUCUCUGUAAAUUUGAAGGUUGAGCUCCAGGGGCAUUUUCGAGCGACCCAGGCCCAACGAGGCCUCACCCUCUCGGGCAUGAGAGUGAGACGGCUCCCCCUAGUCUGGUUCUCUGUAAAUUUGAACGUUGAGCUCCAGGGUCUAUUUCCAGCGACCCAGGCCCAGCGUGGCCUCCCUCUCUUGGGCAUGAGAGUGAGAUAGCACCCCCUACUCCGGUUCUCGGUUUGCUGGGUGACCAGUGGCGGGUCGUAGGCUCCAGGGCCUCUUUGGUGAGAGACCUAUCCGACCGGCCCUAGCCCUCGUCUGCCUCGCUCGGCAGGUCGGAGGCCCUGGAGGAAUUCGGGGUUGGAAAAAUGACUAAGUCGAAAACGCGGGCCUUGGCCAGACAUCCACCCUCCCCGAGGCUCCGGGGCAGGCCGGGAAAGGUGCCUCUUCCCCGGGCACGUUCUGGAUUCACCCGCGACCCUGGAGGUCCGCCCGAUAGGGGAUGGCGUUUUUACGUGCCGUCGCGAUUUGGACGAACGCGUCAUUUUGUGGACUUAGGCUCUGGCGAAAACCAUUUCGGAUCCAGGGGGCUGUCUGGAGGGUUCCCCGGCCCACAUACCCUCGCCGUGGCCGGGGUGACGCGAUUCGUCUGAGGGCCCCCCGACCGGGAACGCAAACUGAUACCUAAGGGGGCUUUGUGGACCGCUGCCCGGCCCAAGCACCAUCGCCGUGGCCGGGGGCAGUCGAAAGACGACCGCCCUUACUGGGGAGAACCGUUCGCAGGGUGACCAGUGGUCGCCCGUGAGCUCUGACGACUAAGUCGGAAACGCGGGCCUUGGCCAAACAUCCACCCUCCCCGAGGCUCCGGGGCAGGCCAGGAAAGGUGCCUCUUCCCCGGGCACCUUCUGGAUUCACCCGCGACCCUGGAGGUCCGCCCGAUAGGGGAUGGCGUUUUUACGUGCCGUCGCGAUUUGGACGAACGCGUCAUUUUGUGGACUUAGGCUCUGGCGAAAACCAUUUCGGAUCCAGGGGGCUGUCUGGAGGGUUCCCCGGCCCACAUACCCUCGCCGUGGCCGGGGUGAAGCGAUUCGUCUGAGGGCCCCCCGACCGGGAACGCAAACUGAUACCUAAGGGGGCUUUGUGGACCGCUGCCCGGCCCAAGCACCAUCGCCGUGGCCGGGGGCAGUCGAAACACGACCGCCCUUACUGGGGAGAACCGUUCGCAGGGUGACCAGUGGUCGCCCGUGAGCUCUGACGACUAAGUCGGAAACGCGGGCCUUGGCCAAACAUCCACCCUCCCCGAGGCUCCGGGGCAGGCCAGGAAAGGUGCCUCUUCCCCGGGCACCUUCUGGAUUCACCCGCGACCCUGGAGGUCCGCCCGAUAGGGGAUGGCGUUUUUACGUGCCGUCGCGAUUUGGACGAACGCGUCAUUUUGUGGACUUAGGCUCUGGCGAAAACCAUUUCGGAUCCAGGGGGCUGUCUGGAGGGUUCCCCGGCCCACAUACCCUCGCCGUGGCCGGGGUGAAGCGAUUCGUCUGAGGGCCCCCCGACCGGGAACGCAAACUGAUACCUAAGGGGGCUUUGUGGACCGCUGCCCGGCCCAAGCACCAUCGCCGUGGCCGGGGGGCAGUCGAAAGACGACCGCCCUUACUGGGGAGAACCGUUCGCGGGGUGACCAGUGGUCGUCCGUGUGCUCUGACGACUAAGUCGGAAACGCGGGCUUUGGCCAAACAUCCACCCUCCCCGAGGCUCAGGGGCAGGCCGGGAAAGGUGCCUCUUCCCCGGGCACCUUCUGGAUUCACCCGCGACCCUGGAGGUCCGCCCGAUAGGGGAUGGCGUUUUUACGUGCCGUCGCGAUUUCGGCGAACGCGUUAUUUUGUGGACUUAGCGCGUAUCGCAAGAGAACGGAUCGAGUGGAGCACGUUGCGCGCCCGAGCUAGGACCCCGCCCGGCCACUGGCCGCUAUGGGCGGGUGCGCCUAGGGGGCACGGUGGUUGGAAGGUAUGAGCGAAACACCGUGUCCGGCACAUGCGCGCAUGAGAAGGGGCUCUGCCCCCCUCUUUCUUGGGAGACUCAGACGGCCGGUCUAUCGUAAGGGUCCGCCACCGGCGGUCGGAGAGGAGGCGCGAGGCGGGAGGUCGGCUCCGUCCGGCCCUCGCCCGCCCUCCUCCCGGCCCCGCGAAGCACACUUUUCCCGGUUACGGCCUCGAUCAGCGGCCAGCCACCCCCGUGACCCACGAGCGGGGGAAGGUCGCCGCACGUCGCCCUAUGAGCGGCCGCGCCGCCUGGGUUCCGCCUCCCCCCGGGGGGGUGGACACCCUCCGCGGAGCGAGACCCGCGUGUAGGAAACAAGCGCGCUGCGGUUGUCCAUCCCACACCCCUUCUUGAGGGCUACCUGGUUGAUCCUGCCAGUAACAUAUGCUUGUCUCAAAGAUUAAGCCAUGCAGGUCUAAGUACACACGGCCGGUACAGUGAAACUGCGAAUGGCUCAUUAAAUCAGUUAUGGUCCCUUUGAUCGCUCCACCCGGUACUUGGAUAACUGUGGCAAUUCCAGAGCUAAUACAUGCAAACGAGCGCCGACCCUCCUUCACGGGCGGGGACGCGUGCAUUUAUCAGAUCCAAAACCCAUCCGGGGUUGGGGAUCCGUCCUCACCCCGGUCCCUUUGGUGACUCUAGAUAACCUCGGGCCGAUCGCGCGCCCUCUGCGGCGGCGACGACUCUUUCGAAUGUCUGCCCUAUCAACUUUCGAUGGUACUUUAGGCGCCUACCAUGGUGACCACGGGUAACGGGGAAUCAGGGUUCGAUUCCGGAGAGGGAGCCUGAGAAACGGCUACCACAUCCAAGGAAGGCAGCAGGCGCGCAAAUUACCCAUUUCCGACUCGGAGAGGUAGUGACGAAAAAUAACAAUACAGGUC